AUGCGGGCUCAAAAGAUACCCGCUGCCUUGCUACUGUUGCUAUUCGCAAUAGACUCCUUACAUGCCAACAGGAGGAAACAAAAGGAGAAAAUCGUUCAAACCACCACAAAUAUCUGCGAUAUAAACGACCGAGACUCCAAAGUACAUUGCUAUUGCGAAAACAGCCAGGAAAUAAACGAGGCAAUUAAAACAGAAUGCUGGGUAUUCAACGGCGGUAUAGAAAAGACGGAUCCUUUAUGGUCCAGCUUUACUUCGCAGUCAAAUAUAGAAACGUUAGCAUUUAACGUCCGGGCCGACGGAGGACUGAGCUUCGUGCCAACCAAAGUCCUUAGAUAUUUGCGAAAGCUAAAGCAUUUCAGUGUAAAAUAUAGUUCGAUAUUAAAAAUCGAGAGCCAAACUUUCGUUAAUUUAACGUCAGUACAAGAAAUGACACUGACCAAAAAUCAAAUAGCCGUAUUAAGUAAGCACGCAUUUUACAACUUGCCUAAUCUUACCAUUCUGACGUUAGAUGAGAAUCAGCUGAAGAAGCUUGAAAGUGAUACUUUUUACGAAUUGCCAACAUUACAAAAAUUAUUCCUUACUAGUAACAAUAUAAGUGUAAUAGAGGAUGGUGCAUUCCGCCAUCUUAUUAACUUACUAGAAUUAGAAUUGGAUAGAAAUAAUAUUAGUGAUUUAAAAAAGGAGUGCUUUGAUGGGCUCGCCAAUUUGAAACGAUUAGACUUAAGGAGAAACAAAAUAUCUGUAUUAAAUUCAUUUACAUUCAUCGAAUUAUGGAAUCUUCAAGAACUGAUGUUAGAUUAUAACGAGAUUUAUAUAUUGGCCCAAAGAACUUUCGAUGGUUUGUCGCAGUUGAAAAAACUGAGCUUAAGUCAUAAUAAACUGGUGACGUUAACAGAUGGACUAUUUGAGGGGGUCAGAGGCUUGUCAGCUUUAGACUUAAGGCAUAAUAAAUUAAAAAGAUUCACGAUGGAUAAUUUACGACCCAUCUAUGACAAUUUGAAGAUGCAAAAAAGUUUUAUAUAUUUGGAAGGGAACGACUUUGAUUGCGAUUGCCAUCUGGUAUGGAUGCACAAACUCCGACACGAAGCGAAGAGUAUCAAAGUGAGAAUGUCUUUAGAAAAUUUCAUUUGCAAAUUUAAUACAGAUCCAGCUUUGAGUUCACAUCUAACUUAUUACGAAAGAAUGAGUACAAAUAAUAAUAUAGAUGAGAUCGAUAAACUUAGAAAUGAUUUGGAUGCGCCAGAAGAAUUUAGUGACACAGAUGACAUUUACAUCGAUGAGCCAAAGAAGAUUAAAGCUGAAAAUGAGAAAACGCUAUUACAAAUUCCUGUUGAACUUCUACCUUGUCCUGCUGAAGUUAAAAGUGUCACUGAUAGAACUUACACUUAUCCAUCCCAAAAUGAAGCGAAAGAUUACAGAAAUUUAAUUCACACGUCAAAUGCAUGCCAAGACGUAAAUAUUUCUGUUUUAUUCACGUUUAUAUUAUUAGUAAUAGGC